AGAGACGGGCUGAGCUCAAGAAAUGACCGGGUAACCUUUGAGAAAAGGUGACCGGUCAUAACACGUUACUUUGCUUACAUUGGUCCAGUCUCUUAGGCACGAUGAACCACGUCAGAGGUCAAGGGGACACCCCGCCGCUCAUCCGUCACGAGGCACACAGUGAAAGGGAUGUUUGUCAUUUUGCAGGACUGAUUGGAUUGAGAAUAUCCAUUUAUACCGGCGAUCAAUUCCUCAAAUCCGUCUUCCAUUGCGAUCACACCAUCAUGGCGAAUGCUGUGUCGGGAAUGCAGGUGGACGACGCGUGCAAGCUCAACUUUCUGGAACUGAAGUCGAAGAGAAACUACCGGUACAUACUGUUCAAGAUCGAGGCUCAACAGGUGGUGGUGGAGAAGGUGGGGAGGCCCGAUGAGUCCUACGACGAUUUCACUAACUCUCUCCCUUCCGACGAGUGCCGCUACGCCGUCUUUGAUUUCGACUUCACCACCGACGAGAAUGUCCAGAAAAGCAAGAUUUUCUUCAUCGCCUGGUCACCGGAAUCAUCAAGUGUGAGGAUGAAGAUGGUGUAUGCAAGCUCAAAGGACCGGUUCAAGAGAGAACUCGAUGGGAUUCAGGUUGAGCUCCAAGCCACCGAUCCUAGCGAAAUGAGCCUCGACACCAUCAAAGCUCGAGCAUUCUAAUAAGCCCCCCAUCACCAUCGUCGUCGUCACGAUCUCCAUCAAUUCAUACAUGCCCCUUAGCUUGUUAAGUAAUCGAUUGCCUUCUUGUUACGUUUUUUCCCUCCUUAUAUAGUUUGUCGAUCACGCUGUUGCAUUUCCCAUUCCAUUGCUUUGUGUUUAAU